AUCCAGUUCCGUCGCGGAGAGCAAACUGAUUAUGCAACAUUAUGACGACACAAAAAUUGAAACAAAGGCAAAAUUAACGCGUUUGAAAAUUCGACAGUACCAAAAUUUAACGAAUAGCCAGUGUACCAUAUCAUAUUAUUGACUGUUUCAUUUCAUAAAUUCAUAGAAUUACAAAAAAAAAACUACAAGAAACAUUAAGGGAACUUUAAUAAUCACGGAGAGUUGAUUGAGACGGCAUAUUUUUUUCCUAGUCCUUUUUCAUUGGGAAAGUACAUCUAGUUCAUCUUGUAAUCACAGAAAUAAUAGGUAUUUGAGAAAAGAAGCGAAAAUACUUUUUAAAGCGAAAUUGAAAGCGAAUUAAGAUAUUUUAAAUGAAACCAAUUGGUUGAGCACUACAUGACGUUUUGCCUUAUAAAAGCGGUUAUAUUUCCAAGAUGGCGGAUUGUUAUGACGAAAACGAUGAAGCGAUUUCUUCACUUCUACCGACUAUCAACCAAAGAUUAGGACACCUCAAGCCAUCUCGAGAACUUCUUGAGUUCUAUAGGAAGAAGAUAGCCGAGUAUGAUGGAGAAUAUGAAGAAGUUUCAAGAAAGUUAGAACAGUAUAAAUGCACCUAUGAAGAACAGCACAAGAUGCAGUGGGAGAUGCGCCAACGGGAGGAUGAAAUCAAAGAGCUGCAGAAGGCGCUAAGCGAUAUGCAGGUGUAUCUCUUUCAAGAAAGGGAGCACGUUCUAAGAUUGUACGCGGAAAAUGAUCGCCUGAAAAUACGCGAGGUCGAGGACAGGAAGAAAAUACAACAUUUGCUCACAUUGUCACAUCCGCCUGGAGGAGAGAUUACGUAUUUUAGGAAGAAGACGUCUGAGAGACCCGUCGUCGUGAAACAUGCUAAACACUCAAAAUCAAAAGACAGAAAUUUGCUCGAAGGCAGGGGACCCGGGGGACAUAAAAAAGGUAUAGAGCAAACGAAACAAAAGUUGUUGGAGACAGGAAACGCCACUGAACAAGAGAGAGACCAACAAACGUUAUUAUUACAAAUUGAGUCGCUUCAAGCGCAGCUUGAGGAACAAACGAAACUUUCUCGCGAAGAAAUUGACGCGUUGCAAGAAGACAGGCGCGUACGAAAUGAAGAGUAUAGCGCUUCGACGGAACGAGAUCAAGACAAAGUCAAGAGUUUAACAGAAAAACUUCACAAGACUCAGGAUCUUCUGUACCAAAGCACGAAAGACUUCCUCGAGCUUAAAUAUGAAUUGAGGGAACGCGAGAGACAAUGGAUGAUGGAUAGGGAUAGAUUAGUACAGGAAAUCGAACAUUUUCGUAAGCAGGUCGAUGUUUCUGGUAGCAGCGUACUGGAGGCAACAGGGAUGUCUGUUGAACCUCAGGUCGCACAACUUCAAACGAUCCAUUCGCUAAAGGAGCAAGUGCAACAAUCUCAAAAACUCGCCGAUAUGUACAGAGAACAAUGCAUAGGCCUUGAAGACGAGCUAGGUAGAGUGAAGGAGGAAACGGACGUUGGACGAGAGCUUUUCAAGGAGAGAAACGAUAAAGUUAGCAGACGGUUAGCGUUAAUGAAUCAAAGAUAUGCAGCGUUGGAGAAGCGAAGAGCGCUGGAGGUUGAAGGAUUCAAGAAUGAUAUCAAAAUAUUGAGAAAUAAACUGAAAAAUGUCGAAAAACAUUUGUUCAAGGUGACCGUUGAUGUGCCGGUGGAUGGCGAUAUCGAUCAAGAAGUAUUACGUAAUGUUCAUGCAACGACGGCGAGAUCAAAGUAUCUCGUGGGAGAACUACAUCAACUUAAAGCGAAAAUUUACUCUUUGGAAAACGACCUAAGACAUUGUGGAUAAAGUACAUCACGCAUUGUUCUUCAAACAACGACCUAAACUAUUGUGUAUAAAGUUCUUCAAACAACGACCAACAAAUUUUGCAGUAUUCUAACGAAAUAAAUCAUUUAACAAUUGAAUAA